CGUCUACCCUCAUUAUAACGGAUUUGCAUGUGUUCCACAAUUGACUUCUCCCAGACUUGGAAAACCAAGUGUUUAUGACUGCGCCGUGUCUGUUUUGGAUUUUCUCAUGGAUGUCCAGAGUAGUUGAGUAAAGUUGUUUGCGUAGUGUGCAGUCUGCUCCCAGAAACGCUGCACUCUGUUGCUUUGUCAGCGCUGGUCUUAAAUACCAAACUCAUCGCAGCAAAUUCUUCUGCAAUUUCUGGAUUUGUGAAAUUUGUGAAUUAUGGACAGUUGCUUUUGCUUCUUUUUUUUUUUUUUUUUUUUGCAGUUUAGUAAGACAUUCCAGCUUCCUAGGACAUGUUGAGUACGUACGUCGGCUGCUGUGGAUUUUGUGGUGACCUAAUGACUGUUGGCCAGAUGCUUGCUCUCUUGUCAAAGUGAAUUAGCGCUCAAUCAAGCCACGUUACAGGCACGCUGUCACUUGAGACGCCUUGCUGAGUACUUCCACGCGUGAAGGCUCUGUCCUCCGUGUGUGUUUUGUUUUUAAAAGCAUGCGUCUCUUGUCUCACGCUGUCGUUUUGCGCUUUUUGCACAGAAGACUUUGAACAAUCAGCAUCUGUUGCUUGAAUGCUUUUAUUGCAAGAAUUUCAGGAGGUUCAGUGCGAAGGAAGCGGGUGGAAAAAGUAUCAAUAUCAGAGAGAGAAAAAAGAAGCUUCAACGGGGCAACGGCGUGCAGUUGCGGCAAGGCUCACAGUUUGGGCGAGCUGACUGAGCUGACAGUUUGUAAUCAAAGUUGAUGUAUUGUUCAUUAGUACAGCAUUAGCCCAUCAGGCAGGGGCGUUAUGUGUGCACUGGCCUGUCAAGAAGAGGGGCUGCCAGCACCUGUCAUUUCUUUACUACACAACAUCGGCAACAGGGUUUUUGUGCCACGAGAGGUGCUCACGCGGGACGGCCGCCAGCAUCUCCCGGUUGUCUGGGACAGGGAUGGCGUUGCUUUGUAGCGCAGACAGUGGAAUACUUUCACAGUUAUCAUGUAUUAUUAAUGAUUAAUUCAUUCAUUCUGUUUUUUAACGUCGCUGCUGCUCAGAGAAUGUGCGAUACUUGAGAUGGAGGUCGUUACAAACUUUUGGAACUCUUUUAAUUGAAGGCAUGAGAUGUGUGACACAUAUCGAGGGGGUAGGAUUUAAUAAGCUCUGCUCCUUCCUGCUCCUUUUUGGAGAUGUUGAACUGUGAAUUGUGAACAUGUGAUGUACUUUUUUUUUGAUAAAACAAAAUUAAACUAAAAAAAAAAAAAAACAACAUUGAACAGUUGCACCGGAAAUAUAAAAAAAUACAGCUUUUUCACAUUUUUAUUUUCAUCCUAGAAAAUUCCUAAAGGCAACCAUUACAUCCACGAGUUACGAACAUAAAUGGAAAGACUCCACGCAAUUUGUGUUGCUGUUGUCUGCCGUCGUGGUAACAAGGAUUAGGUGUGCUUUGCCCGGAUAAUACCAACAAUCAGCACGAGGAUGUCAGGCUUUGUCUUUUGACUGCACUUUCAUUGGGGGGGGGAUUUAAAAGCUGUGAUCUUAAUUAAAUCUCAUCAGACUCAAAUGAUGUGACUCGGAAGACGUGUGCCGUCGGUUGCGUAACCGCGAAGAGCUGGAACCCAAAGAUUAUACAACGUGGUUGCUGAAGGUUAGACUAAAUGAUGGAGUGAGCGGACGGUUGACACGAAGAAAUGGGUUCCAGCGUCAGUGGCUAUGAUGACACCUCAAGUGAUAACGCCUCAGCAGAUGCAGCAGAUCCUUCAGCAGCAAGUCCUGAGCCCUCAGCAGCUCCAGGUUCUUCUCCAGCAGCAGCAGGCCCUCAUGUUACAGCAGCAGCAACUUCAGGAUUUCUACAAGAAGCAGCAGGAACAGCUCCACCUCCAGCUCCUCCAACAGCAUGCAGGCAGCAAGCAGAGUAAAGAGCAGCAGGUGUCAGCACAGCAGUUGGCCUUCCAGCAGCAGCUCCUUCAGGUCCAGCAGGUCCAGCAGCAACAUCUGCUCAACCUUCAGAGGCAAGGGCUGCUCUCUAUCCAGCCAGGACAAACGGCCCUGCCCCUGCACUCCCUCACUCAGGGCAUGAUUCCUGCGGAGCUGCAGCAGCUCUGGAAAGAAGUUACAAACGCUCACGUGAAGGAGGAGCACAACAGCAACAGCAACAACGGCCACCGGGGCCUUGAUCUGUCCUCCCCGACACCACCAAAGAACCCACUCCACAACCAGCAUGCCGCCACCAAUGGGCAGUACAUGAGUCAUAAGAGAGAAGUAGCCACGGUAGAAGAGUCCUCCCCCCACAGCCAUCCUCUCUACGGCCACGGUGUUUGCAAGUGGCCUGGAUGUGAAGCCGUGUUUGAUGAUUUCCAGUCAUUCCUCAAGCAUCUUAACAAUGAGCACGCCCUGGAUGACAGGAGCACCGCCCAGUGUCGGGUGCAAAUGCAGGUCGUACAACAGCUGGAGCUGCAGCUAGCGAAAGAUAAAGAGCGUCUGCAGGCGAUGAUGACGCACCUUCACGUCAAAUCCACAGAGCCCAAAGCCACUCCGCAACCGCUCAACUUGGUGUCCAGCGUCACAUUGUCCAAGUCGGCCCUUCCUGAAGCCUCUCCUCCGCUGAGCCUGCCCCAGACCCCCACCACACCCACAGCGCCGCUCACACCCCUGUCCCAGACUCACUCUGUCAUCACGGCGAACAACCUCCACAGCAUGGGCCCCAUGCGACGGCGCUACUCUGAGAAGUACAACAUGCCCAUCUCUCCAGAUCUCAGUCAGAACAAAGAAUUUUACAUGAAUGCAGACGUUCGACCGCCCUUCACGUACGCCUCAUUAAUAAGACAGGCAAUCCUCGAGUCGCCAGAAAAGCAGCUAACACUAAACGAAAUCUACAACUGGUUCACACGAAUGUUUGCAUAUUUCAGGCGCAAUGCAGCGACGUGGAAGAAUGCAGUCCGGCAUAAUCUUAGUCUUCACAAGUGUUUUGUGCGAGUAGAAAACGUAAAAGGGGCUGUGUGGACGGUGGACGAAAUAGAGUUCCAAAAGAGACGGCCUCAGAAGAUCAGCGGAAGUCCAGCAUUGGUGAAGAAUAUUCAGACUAGCUUGGGCUACGGUCCAACCUUCUCCGCUGCCUUCCAGGCUUCGAUGGCAGAGAACAGCAUACCUCUAUACACAACCGCUUCCAUCGGAAGUCCCACCCUCAACUCGCUGGCCAACGCCAUCCGCGAGGAGAUGAAUGGGGCGAUGGACCAUGGAAACAGCAACGGCAGUGACAGCAGCCCAGGACGCUCGCCCCUGCCAGCUAUGCAUCAUCACAUCAAGGAGGAACCACUCGACCCGGAGGAGCACGAAGGGCCCCUCUCCCUGGUCACGACAGUCAAUCACAGUCCAGAUUUCGACCACCACAGAGAUUACGACGACCAGGGCCACGACGACAUGCUGUGAGAGCCCAGCGGCCGAGGCAGUCGCCACCAUGAACUGCAGUCUCACGGCCGCCCGAGGCGAAAGUCGCCAAGUAACUUUUUAGUGCCAUAACAACACAUCGCAACGCAAAAGUCCACGAGUUUUACUUUGUCAAAACAAGCCUGCUUUUUUUCCUUUGGUACGUGGCCACACGUUCGCCGUCGGAGACGAGGGACCAAAAGGGGGCAGAGACCCCCGCCACACAGCCGGGGAGGCGGACUGUGAUGUGGUGAUAUGCCCCCCCACACCCUACCCCCUUAUACACCCCCCCCUCCCCCCGCCACACAAUUGAGGACAGAGACGGGGUGAGUGGUGUGUCAUUUACGUGGAGGUGCGUUCACUGCCUUCUACGCUUUACUUGGAGUCCAUCUACUGUCUACUGUGAGUUGUUUUUUUGGGGGGUUUUUUUUGGGGGGGGGGGGGGAGGGGGUCUUUCUUCAUAACCUGUCUUUCCAUCGGUCAAUGCUGAUAUUGAUGUUGUAUCUUUUUUUUUUUUAAACUCAUCAGACCUCAUGUCCGUGCUGUGCAGAUUGUGUGCGUGUGCGUGUGUGUGUGCAUGCGUGCGUGCGCAUGUGUGUUCCGCACUUGAUGAUGAAUGUUUAUGAUUUGCGUUUAUGUUCCUCCAAAACACACAUGAAGCAGAAUGUGUCAUUUAUUCUGGAAUAAAAAAACCAAAAAAAACAUGCACCCUGACUACUCACCACCUCAGCACCCCCCCUCGCUCCACUGGCAGCAGUCAUGUAAUGAAGGCGCUCUCCACGCAUGAGUGAAGCUUAAUUUAAGAUGCAAAUGAAUGACAGAGGACUCCCACAGGUUAUGAUUUAUCCUGAUGACAUUACACUCGGAGCAGCCUCUCACGGCCGAGCGUGUCGAGCCGCAACACAAUUUCUGAUCACUUACAAGCGCCGAGCGGCUUAGCGAGACAAAAUGAAAAUGUCAGGUGUGCACGGGCCAGAUAAUAAUUUUGACCAACUAAUUGUGAUACCUGAAUGCAGCCGUCAUUGUCCAUCAGAUGGAGCGAGUUCUCCUUCAGGCGGGUUUAAACUUUUCAGUCGGCCGCGCGCGCGUGACUCUUUUCUUAACAAUUGCACACCAAAUGUUUGUUUUCUGUCAUAAAGGGAAGAGGACUUGCAAUAAGACCUGAGGAGGGGUAUCCCGACCUGACCUUUAUAACGGAUAUGGGUCACAUAUCAGCAAAAAAGCACACAAACUAAACCCACAGAAGCUGUAAUAAGUCCAUCUUUAGCUAUAUGGACACAAUCAAAGUUUACCACUUUAAACAGAAACUUAUCAAAUGGCCGUGUUUUACCACCAAAACUAAAAUAGAAAGAUGGAAGUCUUAUGUGUGUAUUUAGUUAGUCAGUGGUUGACUCAGCAGCUACAGUGUCCAAGCUAGAACGUGAUUAGUGUUCAUUAAACAACUGCUGUCUAAAAUGCCACAUUUCUCAACACGUGUAUCAUACAAUUAUAGUUGCACAUUACUUACAGACACAUAGUCUCCAAGACUGUUAGAAAGUAUUCCGUGGCAAAAAACAUCCAGUAACAUUUUGUUUGUGUGCCUAACUGCGUCACAAGCUUAACGCAAUGAAUUAUUGCGGCCACCAGGUGUCACCAAACAAAACAACCACCAUCCCACUUUAGCACGUUAAAUCAGGGGUGUCCAAAGUCCAAUUUGCAGCCAACAACACUUUCGAAAAACACAACAAUUAAAAAAAAAAACAUAAAAAAUUGAAAACUCUGCAGUCAAUUUACAAGAAUAAAGUCAAAAUAUUAAGAGAAAAGUAUAGUAAUAAACGCCCAAAGUCAGCAGGGAUAGGCUCCAGCAUACCCCCGCGAGCCUAGAGAGGCUUAAGCGGCAUAGAAAAUGAACGGAUGGAUGGAAGUUAUAAAUUAGCAAGAAAAAGACCAAAUUUUAAGAGACUGAUGUAUCAUUAUGAGGAAAAAUAACAUCAUUUUAGUCACUAAAAGUUGAAAUACUUUACAUUUUGCACUGUUCGGUCUUAAGGAGGUUCUAAGUAGAGCUUCAAAAUGGAAAAAGAAGAAAUGGAAGUGAGACAAAACAAUUUAGCUCACUAAAGAUGUUUUUUUAGGUCGUAAUAUUAUGAGAAACAAACAAAAUAAAGUUCUCAUUGGGGGAAAAGUUAUGUUAUGAGAUUUGAAUAUUAAGUAUUAUGCUAAUUAAGUCAUAAUUUAAAUCUACAAAGUUGAAAUGUCGGCUGGGAUAGGCUGCAGCAUAUCUGCGACCCUAGAGAGGAUAGAAGAUGGAUGGAUGGAAAUAGUUGGGAAUUCAAAAAACCCAAAAUGACAAAAGCAGCUGUAAUUUUACAAGAAUAAAUUGGAAAUAUUACAAUUUUUUUACGAGAAUAAACUUGUAAUGUGAAUAAAUAAUGUCGUUUUGGUAGCAUAGUGUUGAAACUAAGGAAAAGAAAUGUUUUUUUUUAUCAAAAUUAGGUUAGAGAAAAAAAGCUAUAAUGGAAAAGAAGUCAAGCUAUUAUGGGAUUAAAGUCAUAAUAUUACGAAAAGAAAAGGUAUGAAGACUUUGAAAGUUGAAAUAUUUGGAAAAUCAAGCAAAGACCGAAGUUCAUACGAAUAAUACGCUUUUCACAAGCGUAUUAAUAUUCACGUUUCAGCAUGUGGCCCUCGCUGGACAGAGUUUGGACGCCCCUGUGUUAAAUUGUAUAUUAAUUUUUGAUACAUAAGUCGCACCUGAAUAUAAGUCAUAGGACCAGCCAAACUAUGGGGAAAAAAAAGUGUGACUUCCAGUCCAGAAAAUACGGUACCACUUGCUGAUAUCGGAUUCAUAUCAAGUGUAGUUGUAUCGGGACACCCCUAGACCGAACCGCCUACCCAUCGCACAUUUCAGCUUCUCCUCGCCGUGGGAGCACGGGAGAAUCCACAGCUACUAAAACUAUCUUAGCUAAAUUGGCUUUAAAAAAGACGGACUUCCAACCAUGAAUUGCAACUUCUUCUAAUUGUUUCUUAUUUAUUAUUAUUGCUGUUUGAUUUGGCUUGUUGUUUUGAAUCGUUGAUGUUUUUGACUACCAAAGAGAGAGUACAAAAUCAAUGAUGAAGGCCAAAUAUGGCUCCCCCUCUUUUCUUCCAUUUGGUAUUGUUCCUCUCCGGUGGGACGGUCUGCUGCAGUCAAGCCAAGGGAAGACGGAAUUUGGAAUCCUCACGCUGAGGUGUCAAGAGGUGACCGAAAGUAAGAGUCCGUUCCGCUUUGUCUUUGGGCCAAUGAGCGAGUACAAAAAUACAAAUACGGUGAAUGGAUUCUUGACUUCGACUGGACCACACAACGAUCCCAUGUUUCAGUUUGUGUUUCGUUUUUUGAAUGAUUGUAUCCCUCAUUUUUAGUGUUUUUAAUGUCUUGGUCGGGGUCCCAAUUUCCUCUCGCGUUGACCAGACGUCAUGAUUGUGUUUUAAGAUUCUGUAUUAGUUUUUAUAUUAAAAAAGCAACACUCCUGUCAACUAAUGCGCCGGGUUCAAGGUACCUUGUGGCGCUGAGUGGUCUUGCUAUCUAACUUUAGUACUUGGGCAAAUCCGGCUGUGGGAUGGGUCAGCCUGGGAUCGUGGGAAACCAACCCCCCCAGGAAGGACGACGCUGGUCAAUUACACCAUCCGAAGCAUGUGUGGCAUUUCUGCAAACGUUUCUAAAGAUAACGGCAUGAGAAAUGGGUUGACAAGGGGGAAUAAUUCACUGACGUUCACUCGGUUCUUGUCGUGCAUGAUCCUGUGGGAGGGAAAUAUUUAAAAAGGUUUGUCUUCGACGUUCCAUCUUUUAUUUGCCAAAGAAGCAGCGCUCCUUGUGUUUCAUGUCGCAGGCCUUUAGCCACUCGGUGAAGUUUCUUACUUAAUGCUGUUGUUUUAUCUUCAUGAGCGAUGAGAGCAGCUGCUGCGCUGAACAUUUACUUGCUUUUCGAAAAGAAAACCAUCAAAGCGAGAUGCGUGCGUGGGGGGUGGGGGGAUUGCCCCAAACUUUUUGGAUUACCAACUGUAAAAUAAAAGACAGACUUUUCUCUGUGAUCAACGUAAGGCUUUUUGUACAGACUUCUCCCCUUUUAGUGUUUUUAUACUUCCUUUUGAUGGGCCAACCACUGCGUCCCGUGGCCACAACGUGUGAAACAUGAGUAAAAAGCCACACAGGUGUAUUUCCUCUUUCGAAGCUGCGGCGAAAGCCCUGGCUCCUUCCAACGCCAGUGAUCAGUAAUAAUACAAGGGUGAUGUUUUGUAUGGGGUCAGGAUGGGAAAGAGGAAAAAUAUGCAGUGCCAACAUGUGGAAGAUGUAAAGAUGAUUGUUAAAUGCUAUCUUUUUUGGUUUUGUUUUAUGUUUCAAAGGAAAUGAUUCACUCGUGCAUCAAAACGUGCCCGUCAUCCAAUAGCUUUCUGAAGAAGCCAUCGUUCCAUCCACUGUGUCAACCAUUGCAUCGGGCACCACCUCGCUUCCCUUUUAUGCGGGCGAUGGGUGGGGGCGGAAGCUGCCAUGUUGUUCUCAUCCAUUCUUUUUUUUUUAAAGAUGUGCUAUGUCGUUUCUUUUUCCUGUUUAAUUUUUGAAGAGGAAUAUUGUUGCUUUUCUCUUCCAUGAGUGUGUAACCUCAUCAUUCCUUGUCUAAACUGAUGCAGACCACUCGUGUAGUCGGUGCCAACCACUGACAAGAGCAUUGGAAACAUGCAAUAAAAUGCUGGUUGUUAAGAUGCUUUCCUCUCGU